CUGAAACAAAUUUUCUUAAAAUUGAAUUUAUCAAUCAAAGAUCAUACUCUGAACGCUUUAUCUACUAAAAAUAUACCUUUGAAGAAAGAAAAAAAGCAAUCCAAACAAUGUACCCUUCAUCAUCUGUAUCAAAAUGCCUCAUCCUUGUGCUUACAACUGCUUUUUAUAAGCAGUGUUUCGUCCUUGAACAUGACCAAUGCGUACGUCAACCACAAAUGCUUCGCUAGUCAAGGGAAAUACAAGCCUGGAAGUAAGUACGAGAAAGACCUCAAAGAUAUCAUCAAAUCCAUACCUUUGACCAGUAACUUUAGCACCGGCUACGAAAUGAUGUCUCUUGGUAAAGGUCCUAGCUACGUCUCUGCCGUCCUCCAGUGCCGCGGCGACUCCUACGGGCCCAGAUGCCGCUCUUGCUAUGACACCGCCCUCUCUGAGCUUCAAAGGAGAUGUCCGAGAUUCAAAGGAGGGAUAAUAUGGUACGACCAAUGUCUUCUCGAGAUUUCUGCCAUCGAUACUAUAGGACAGGUCGACUACAACAACAAUUUAUGUGUGGCUAGCGCUAAGAACGUGACCGGCGAUAAAGAUAUGAUCCAGGACAAGUGGGUAUCUCUUGUCAGCAAUCUAACAGGUAUAGCCAUCAAUGAAAAAAACUUAUAUCAGGGCAGACCGGCGCUGUACGCUGCUGGGGAGACGAGGCUUGGGACGAAGGAGACGAUGUUCGCAAUGGUGCAGUGUACGAAAGACUUAUCGGUUACUGGUUGUCAGGUGUGUGUAGGAUCUAUUCUCGUGGGUUUUCAAGAUUGCUGGCGCGGUAAACGGGGAAUGAGAGUUUUGGGUAGGAGCUGUAAUUUUAGGUUUGAGCUUUACCCUUUUAUUAAUAGCAAGGCCAGUCCGAAGUAUUUGGAGACCUAAGUCAAUAAUAACUGUGGUUUUCUUGAUUUUCUUUUAUAAACUUGUAAAUUUUAUUUGAUCUUUAUUAUA